AUGCCUUGCGAAACAGUGUACUACCUUCCCACAAAGCCGGAUGCUCAAGAUCGGCUCAGAUCCUAUUUCAACCGCUUCUUCAUGAAAUUUGCCUCUGUUAAAACAAAGCUUCAAAAGCAAGAUUUUUCGUCAUUAGUGGCAGAUUUUGCUUCUCACGUGGAGAGGCUUUCAAUGGACGAUAGAACUCCGUGCGCCUCCACCGAGGAGGAUCUACCUGGCUUUGUACGUUGGAAAAAGAAAAACACUUCAGUUUCUAGCAUAAUUUUGCUAAGAACACGGCAUGCCCUCACGAUCAUGGUUAUGAUACUCCUCUUUGCACAAUUCUCCUCUGUUGAAGGUUGUCUGCCGUCAUGGUUUCGAGACGAUCGGAAAGAGGCGCAAGCUCUUGAGCGGAACGGUUCAGGAGAUAAUGAAAUCACUGAAGCUCCUCAAAUAGUCGAAGCAUCGCAUUCAAGUGUGAAGCACAAUUCACAUAAUCGACACCCUUACGAGACUAACGAAAUUUCCGAUGAUGAUGCAGAAGAAUCGGAUAUCAGCGAAAGCGAAGAAUUGGAUGCUCUCUAUGGAACCGCGGCUCCGGUGAGGAUAAAUCACAAGCUUGAGGAAGCUAGAAAACGACACUCUAAAUUAAGAUGCAAAGGCUGGUGCUACCGCGGUGGUAAUUGCUCAGUGGAUAUUGACGAGGUUACGUACGAAGUCAGAUCUGUGAAUUGCCAUUGCCCUCACGGUUACUGGGGUAGCCGCUGUGAGUUGCACUUCGUAGCCAGAUUGUUCGCUCCAGUCAAAGGUCACGUCGAAGUGGAAAAGUCAGGUGUCUCCGCGUUCGCAUUUAUCAUUCUCAUGGUGAUCGUCUCCAUCGGCCUCAUUUUCUAUACGUACAGGAAGAUAGCUCGUAGAAAUGCUGGUUUCUACACGACAUCAAGUUUAUCGACCACUCACAGCCUGCGUCGCCCUAACGUCUCCUUCCAAGCAAUGCCUACCUCUAUCAACACUACCCCCUGUAGCAGUACUGCAUACAUUGACCGUACUACCUCUCAAAACUAUAGUUGCCGAUUACCAUUCUCUCCUCUGUCGAGGAGUUACACUCAGCUGGCAAACCAACGUCGUAGUGCUUGCGACACUAGCCGCUCACUGAACUUAGCACUUAGUAGGCUUUCACUUAGUUCUACUAAACUCAUGCAAAAUCUCGAAGUUCCGACGUUGAAAUCGGUAACAAGAACGAGUAGUUAUCCGAUGAACAAAUCCAGCUCAUUAUCGCGAACGACAACGCAUGAUGAGAAUGUGCCUGUAGCAAAGUGUUCAUCUCCUCCUAGCCGCAUCAGUGAUGAUGGACGAUGUUCACAAUCACCCUAAACCAGGAUCAGUAUAUGAUUUUGUCAUUGUUCAAGCUGUACUCAAGUAGUCAUCUGUUUUUUAAAAGUAUUUUUUAUCUCCAUAUAUACUUUGGAUUAAUCAAUUUAUUACUGUACAUUGACGGCUUAGCCUAACAUCUACCACAGACUGAUUUUAGAACCUUGCUCUAAUUGCUGUGCGCAUAAGCAAACUGUCCCCUUUCCACUCGUAUCGUCUAUCUCCUUGCUCUCUCUUACUAUAUGGUUUUCUUUUGAACAUGCUUGUGACGGUACUACGUCUGAGAGCCUUGGCAAAUUUUGUUUUGAAGAAGCCAUAUGUGAAAAAUUGCUCUUUUUCAAGUCU